AUGGAUGAUAAUAGAUCUUUGAAAGCCAACAUCAUCCAAGCCUACCAAAUGCCAAGUUCCGACCACCGAAAAUUGAGUGAAGUGUACCAAUAUCUGAGCCCAACUAUUCGAAUCCCGAAAAUCGACCAUCGAGUCCCGACUAUCGAGUCCCGACUACCGAGUCAUGAAACCCGACGCCUGACCAUUGAAUCCCGACAAUCUGAGUAUCGAGUCCCGUACCUAUCGAGUCCCGACUAUCGAGUACCCGAGACCAUCGAGACCCGAGGACCCGACGACCCGAGACCCGAGACCCGAGACCCGCGACACCCGAGACCCGAGACCCGAAGACCCGACACCCGAGACCCGAGACCCGAGACCCGGACACCUGAGACCCGAGACCCGACACCGAGACCCGAGACCCGAGAUCCCGAGACAAGUUCCAACUAUGGUGUCCUGGGUAUCAAAAUCGAAAAUUCAAUGCAGAGAAGACAGGAGGAGACCCAAGUUAUACCUUCUCCAAACCUAGACACUGAUCUGGUGAUGGCUUGUGAUCAAUUGGUUGAUCGGCUCAUAAAGGCAUAUAAAAAUCCCAUUCAGAUGCCGAUUGAUAUUGCAAGAUAUAGCAAAUUGAUCUCCCCAAAGGACACGGGGCGUAAUGAAGAGAGAGAGGAAAAGUUGCUUGAGAGGUGUCCUCCUGGCCAUGAGGGCACAAAGUUGAUCGACAUACCCGCGACAAUUCUUGAUGCAUCCGGUGCCAUCAUCGCAUGGUACCUCCCCAGACGCCUUGACCGAUGCCACCCAGAAUGA